GCCCCUGCUUUUGUUCUCCUCGGUUUUCCACUCACUUUCUCUCUCUCUCUCUUUUAUAAUCUCUCAUUCUCUCUCUCUCUCUCUCUCAUUCGCAGUCGUCUCAAAAUGGCUUCAGCUACUUCCGUCAUAGCUUGGGGUUCUGGAGAAGAUGGGCAACUAGGACUUGGAACUUAUGAAGAAAAGGAAUGGGCUUGCAUCGUUGAAGCUCUUGAGCCUUUUUACGUUCGCUCAGUUGUUGGUGGUAGCCGCAACUCUCUCGCCAUUUGCGAUGAUGGCAAGCUGUUUACAUGGGGUUGGAAUCAAAGGGGUACAUUAGGACACCCACCAGAGAAGAAAACAGAAAGCAUCCCUAGUCUUGUUAAGUCUCUUGCCAAUGUCAAGAUUACACAGGCUGCUAUUGGUGGUUGGCAUUGUUUAGCUGUUGAUGAUCAAGGCCGAGCUUAUGCUUGGGGUGGAAACGAAUAUGGGCAGUGUGGUGAAGAGCCUUCCAAGGAUGAGACAGGUAGACCUGUGCGUAGAGAUAUUGUAAUCCCUAAGCGUUGUGCCCCUAAACUUACAGUCCGUCAGGUAGCUGCAGGAGGUACCCACUCUGUGGUUCUAACUCGUGAAGGUUCUGUAUGGACUUGGGGCCAACCCUGGCCUCCCGGUGACAUAAAACAGAUAUCUGUUCCGGUAAGAGUUCAGGGUCUUGAAAACGUUCGUCUGAUUGCUGUUGGAGCAUUUCAUAACUUGGCUCUGAAAGAAGAUGGGACUCUGUGGGCUUGGGGUAAUAAUGAAUAUGGACAACUUGGAACCGGAGAUACCCAACCGAGAUCUCAACCUAUUCAAGUUCAAGGCCUUGAUGAUCUCUCUCUGGUUGAUAUAGCAGCUGGUGGAUGGCAUUCAACAGCUUUAACCGAUGAAGGAGAGGUGUAUGGUUGGGGAAGAGGAGAACAUGGAAGGCUUGGGCUUGGUGACAAUGACAAGAGCAGCAAAAUGGUUCCACAGAAAGUUAAUCUCUUAGCAGGAGAAAACAUCAUUCAAGUUUCAUGUGGUGGAACUCAUUCAGUUGCUUUGACAAGAGACGGUAGGAUCUUCUCGUUUGGUCGAGGAGACCACGGUAGACUCGGGUAUGGAAGAAAAGUGACAACAGGACAACCAUUAGAGCUUCCAAUAGACAUUCCACCACCUGAAGGACAGUUUAACCACGCAGAUGAAGAAGAGGAUGGAAAGUGGAUAGCUAAGUUUGUGGCAUGUGGUGGUCGACACACUCUGGCCAUUAUGGAAUGGAAGGCUGAUCAGGAGGAGGAAACAGAAUAA